AGAGUCCAUGAGGCAUUUUAUUUGUAAAUAUAUAUUACAUCUCUAAAAAAAGAAUCCCAGGAUUUUACCUCCUGUGUGUUUUCUUCUUGCUUCUUCAUGGUCCACGAUACCAGCUGAGGCUGUUAGUACAAUGAAACCAAACUGGCGGGAUAGAAGCAGAUUAUUCUGCCAUUUUUCCAGAUGUUUGAGUUGCACAUCAAAUCUGGGGCUGAUUACUCUACACUUGUUUAGCCUACCUGUGAGGUCCACAACAAUUUUUCCCAGCUCUGUGUUCAUCAAUGAUUCAAAUUUGCCAAUGUAACCAUACUUCACCAUUACAGUGAGAAACCAGAUGAUGAUUUUGGAGCACAGCCUAAUAAGAACCUGGCAUUUGCCUCUUCUUUUGGCAUUGUUGAUGCUCUUGAGAGCAUCAGGCAGGACAUUCAUGUGCACCAUUGUGGAGGCACGAAAAGAUGGCGGAAAGAGCCAAACGACAACCCUUUCAUUGCUCUUGACACCGUGGGUCAGGAAUUUGGGUAAAGCUCAUUUGGAUGGCUCAUUUUUGUUCCUCGUGGUGUUGGGAAGGCUUGACGAGAGCUAGGGAUCCAAGAAGGCCUCACUCAUGUAUUGGACACCUCAGUUCUCUUUCUCUGGACUUUUUUCUGUCCAAGUGGUUUCUGGAGAGGGCUAUAUUUGGGAGUGAUCUGUCAUACUUCUCUUUACUAUCAGAUUUCUAUCUUCAUCAUGCCAUCAUCACUCAGGCUAUCAUCAUCACCCGGUCUUAUCAGAUAUUGCCAAAUUAUAAUGUCAUAACUUACUAUGACUGUCCCCACUGUCCAUGAAAAAACACAGAAAGGAUUAGAUACUUCUCAGAGAGGUCCCUAUUCAUCUUUAUGGCCUCACUUUAGUCCUCUCAGAAGGUACUUUUUUUCUUCAAACUUGCUCAGUGCAAAUAUCCACCCUCAAUCAACAUCAACAUGAGUUGGUGUUACUCCAAUUCACUCCCCUCUUUCAUUUUUUUUUUUGAGAUGGAGUCUCGCUCUGUCACCCAGGUUGGAGUGCAGUGGCGUGAUCUUGGCUCACGGCAACCUCCGACUCCCAGGUUCACGCCAUUCUCCUGACUCAGCCUCCUGAGUAGCUGGGACUACAGGCACCUGCCACAACGCUUGGCUAAUUUUUUGUAUUUUUAGUAAAGACGGGGUUUCACCGUGUUAGCCAGGAUGGUCUCCAUCUCCUGGCCUUGUGAUCCGCCCGCCUCGGCCUUCCGAAGUGCUGGGAUUACAGGCGUGAACCACCGCGCCUGGCCUUCAUUCCCCUCUUUCUAUAACGCAAUCUUAGGAUGCAAAACCAAGCAAAGUCUGAGUUAAACUAUCUAAAAUAGCACUGUGGAGUCACAGCCAUGGUCAGGCCCCUCCACAGAACAGACUGGAUUUCGGAACCUAUGUCUCUCCCUGCCACAAGCAACUAGUCCAUAUGCAACUUGGAAGCAGCCACCGUGGAUCUUGGCUUCUUUCUUGCUUCCUCCUCAAUAGUUACUGCCACUGAUGUAGUGCUAAAGAGAUAGGAACAUCACUUAAAACCAUCUCUACACAUAAAUCCACUUAGAAUAAUUUUUUCCCCUGGAGGAUCUAUUAUUGAAGCACAAGGCUUUACAGUUUAUUCUACUGUAGACACCACAGGACACCAUGUUCUUCAGGUUAGAAUUGAGUACUUGAGAAACUAUAUGAAUAAUUGCUUGUUGAACAGUACACGUGAAUUAUCUCUAUUUUCCAGCUAAAGAUUGAGCCUAAAAUGAUUAGUAUUUUUGUAAUUUUGAACCAUUUGUAUUUGAAGUUGGAUUAGUGACAAAGUCUUAUUCAUUUUUCAAGUGUUAGUUCUAAGGGUUUCUCCCCAGCGUUGCUGCCAGAUAAUAUUGCACCUUUGCGCUAACAAGUAAAAAGCUGAUCCUCUGGAUUGAUGUCGUCUCAUGCCAGGGCUCCAGGCAGAGUGGGCUGGAGUUCAGUCCCCAGCCAUCUUCUUAGCAGGGCAUUCUAGAUGUUUAAUCUUUUAUGUUGACAUGUUGAUAUCACUUCCAUUAGCCAUUUGUUAGAAUUACUAAAUUAAAUUUACAUAAUUCAAGGAUCUAAAAAGACCAGAAGUUCAGUCAGAGCCAUUUUUCUGAGAUAUUUCUGCAUUCCUCUGAAGAAGAUAAUUUGUUCAAACUUAACAAAAACAGGUGUUAAAAUUGAGUAUGUUUUGAGAAUACUCAGACUUUUUUUAGUCUCAAGCCCUACAUGAAAUACAAUCCCUUAAAUCUUCCAAUCUUAGAGCUAGAAGAAAAGUUGAGCACCCUCACUUUACCCAGAGGCAAUUUUGUGCCCCAGAUGACAAAGCUCUUAGAUCUACUCAUUUGCUUAUGGCUCCACCAGUACUUCUAGGUCAGGCCCUCUUUCACCUGAAGGAUUAGCCAUACUUCUGGAACCAUUUUCCAGGUUCCUUGAAAUAAAUAUCUUCGCUUUGCUGGGGACCCUAGUUUCCUGUCAAGUAGUGAAUGACCCUUCUUUCCUCCCGCCAGCCACAGUCCCAUUUCACAGAGGAAGAGAAUGACCAGCAAGUCAACUUCUACUACAGAGAAGCAGCAACUGAUAAAAGGUCAAAUCUUACGAGGUGCCAACGUGAAGAAAAAGGCCCACUAUCCUGCAGCCAACUCAUAUCAAAAGUUAAUCUGUUUAGUCCUCUCUGCCGGGGCUAGUCUACAGUUUUUCUUUUUGUCUCCCUCUUGCCCCAUCACCAGGUGGUUGUCGUUGUCCUUCCCGGCUAGUUGCCAAUAAAGUUGUUACAAAGUGACCUUGAGUGUCUUCCUUGGUGCACCCGAAACCCCGCCUUCUUCAUCCGGGUGCUGCGGCGCGAAUAAGAGCCGGACCGCGCUUGCGCAUUCAGUCCUACUCCUUCGACCUCUGCCGCAGCCCGUGCCGCCGCCACCUCCCGGGAAGAGAGGAAGCGGGAGAGGAGCCCACGUCGCCUGUCACCCAAUAUUUCCAGCCGCGCAGCCCCGAAGAGUGUAAGAUGUUCGCCUGCGCCAAGCUCGCCUGCACCCCCUCUCUGAUCCGAGCUGGAUCCAGAGUUGCAUACAGACCAAUUUCUGCAUCAGUGUUAUCUCGACCAGAGGCCAGUAGGACUGGAGAGGGCUCUGCGGUAUUUAAUGGGGCCCAGAAUGGUGUGUCUCAGCUAAUCCAAAGGGAGUUUCAGACCAGUGCAAUCAGCAGAGACAUUGAUACUGCUGCCAAAUUUAUUGGUGCAGGUGCUGCAACAGUAGGAGUGGCUGGUUCUGGUGCUGGUAUUGGAACAGUCUUUGGCAGCCUUAUCAUUGGUUAUGCCAGAAACCCUUCGCUGAAGCAGCAGCUGUUCUCAUAUGCUAUCCUGGGAUUUGCCUUGUCUGAAGCUAUGGGUCUCUUUUGUUUGAUGGUUGCUUUCUUGAUUUUGUUUGCCAUGUAACAAAUUACUGCUUGACAUGUUCGCAUUCAUAUUAAUUACGGAUGUAAUUCUGUGUAUCUUACUGUGACUCCGAAAACUGUAGUAUUGGUGUCAUGGAAAUGUACGUUAUUUCCAAAGUCAUUUCAUUAAAGAUGAAAACUUUAA